GCCUUCACCGGAGGUGCGAUCAUCAAUAUUGACGAAAAUCAGCAUUGGUGCUGAGGUAUUGGAAACCGCCUCCCGCUUCAGCUAUCUUAGGAGUGUGAUGUCGACUGAUCAGCAGCUACACAGUGAGCUGCGCAUCAGCCUCUCGGAGGCAGCGGCGGCAUUCGGAAGCUAGAUUACCGAGUGUGGAACAAUCAUCAGCUUACCGUUGGCACGAAGCUGAUGGUGUGUAAAUUCGUGGUGCUGUCCUUCUAUACGACAAUGAAACGUGGGCGAUGUACCGGUGGGAUGUGCGAUAUCUUAAGCGGUUCCAUCAAUAGUUUGCGACAGAUUCUGCGCAUCGGUUGGUGCGACAGAGUUGCGGACACGGAAUUGUUGCGUCUAACUGGAGUGUAUGCGGUGGACUGCAUACGUUUGCUGAGACACCUGUGGUGACUCGAUCAUGUGAGCCGUAUGGAUCCGACCCGGAUACCGAAACAACUAUUAGAUAGUCAGUUGAUUAUUGGGAAGCAACAUGUGGGGAAACCAAAGUUACGUUACCAGGAUAUGAUCAAAGUGAGCCUCUCACAUUCAAAUCUUGAUUGUAGGUCAUGGGAAUCGAAGGCGGUUUAUCGGCGUGCAUGGCGCGAUCUGAUCACGAAGACAGUUGACGAAGUGCGGGAGAAAGACCUCAUGCAUGCAGAGAAAAAGCGGCAAGCACCGAUGGGUUGUACUCCAUCGACAUCGAGCGCAUGGUGCUGUAACACAUGCGGUCACGAGUGCCUGAGUCAGGCAGACCUAGUGAGCUAUGGGCGAGACCACUCGGGACCAACAUCGAAGCGACGACGAGUCCUGCAGAGAACGUAGACGGAACCGGCGCAGCGUUUGCAGGUACGCUGCAUUCGACUGACUAACCGCGUGCUUGCAUGCUAAGUCUCGUCAUUUCAGGUG